GUCGCGGCGCGGCAGGAUGGCGGUUCCCGGCCGGCGGUGAGGGUGAGGGCGAGGGCGAGGGCGAGUUGAGGCGAAGGCGCAGCGGGGUCGAGGCCGCCAUGUCGAGCGGGGCCCCGGGCAGCUCCGUCUCCGACCCGCAGCACGCGGCGCGGCUGCUGCGGGCGCUGAGCUCCUUCCGGCAGGAGGGCCGCUUCUGCGACGCCAACCUGGUGCUGGACGGGCAGGAGAUCCCGGUGCAGACCAACAUCCUGGCCGCCGCCAGCCCCUACGUGCGAACAAAACUGAACUAUAACUCUCCCAAGGAUGAUGGAUCCGUGUAUAAAAUUGAACUUGAAGGGAUAUCUGUGGAUACCAUGAAAGAAAUUCUGGACUACAUCUUCAGUGGCCAGAUCAAGCUCAGCGAAGACACCAUCCAGGAUGUGGUACAAGCUGCUGACCUGUUGCUGCUUACGGACCUGAAAAAGCUCUGUUGUGAGUUUCUGGAGGGUUGCAUUGCUGCUGAGAACUGUAUUGGCAUUCGGGACUUUGCAUUACACUACUGUCUGCUCCACGUCCACUACCUGGCCUCGGAGUACCUUGAAACACACUUCCGGGAUGUCAGCAGCACAGAAGAAUUCCUAGAACUCAGUCCUCAAAGACUAAAAGAAGUCCUCUCCUUGGAGAAGUUAAACGUUGGGGAUGAGAAACAUAUUUUUGAAGCAGUCAUUCGGUGGAUUUCCCAUGAUCCCGAAUUAAGAAAGGUUCAUAUGAAGGAUGUUAUGUCGGCUGUGUGGGUCACUGGAUUGGACUCCACUUACCUGCGUGAACAAAUGUUGAAUGAGCCAUUGGUUCGGGAGAUUGUCAAAGAAUGUAACAACAUUCCACUCACCCCACCCCAGCAAGAAGAGGCGAUGCUGGCUUCUUUUAAACCCCGAGGAUACUCGGAGUGCAUCGUGACCGUUGGGGGUGAAGAAAGAGUCUCCAGGAAGCCCUCAGCUGCAGUGCGAUGCAUGUGCCCUUUGUACGAUCGUCACAGACAAUUGUGGAUAGAGCUGGCUCCUAUGAGUACAGCCAGGAUAAACCACAGUGUGCUUUCUGCAGAGGGGUUCCUGUUUGUCCUGGGAGGUCAAGAUGAAAAUAAAACUACGCUAAAUUCGGGCGAAAAGUAUGAUCCAGAUACAAAUACAUGGAGCCCCUUGCCACCCAUGACUGAGGCACGGCACAAUUUUGGUCUGGUUGAGAUUGAUGGGGUGCUAUACGUUUUGGGAGGUGAGGAUGGCGAACAAGUGCUCACUUCCAUGGAGUCCUUUGACAUUUACAAUAGGACAUGGACAAAGCAACCAGAUUUAACCAUGAUUAGGAAGAUCGGUUGCUAUGCAGCUAUGAAGAAGAAGAUCUAUGCGAUGGGAGGUGGUUCCUAUGGAAAGCUCUUUGAGUCUGUGGAAUGUUACGACCCGAGGACUCAGCAGUGGACGGCCAUCUGCCCACUGAAAGAGAGGAGGUUUGGGGCCGUGGCGUGUGGUGUGGCUUCAGAGCUCUACGUCUUUGGCGGUGUGAGAAGCCGCGAUGACAAUCAAACCAGUGAGAUGGUGACGUGCAAAUCAGAAUUCUACCAUGAUGAAUUCAAAAGAUGGAUCUAUCUGAGUGAUCAGAAUUUAUGCAUCCCAGCCAGUUCCUCAUUUGUGUACGGAGCUGUGGCCAUUGGGGCCAGCAUAUACGUGAUCGGGGAUUUGGAUACAGGUACCAGUUACGAUUACGUGCGGGAAUUCCGAAGAAGCACUGGAACAUGGCACCCGACAAAACCUCUCUUCCCGUCCUACCUUCGCCACACCGGAUGCGCCGCUUUGCGCAUCGCCAACUGCAAACUCUUCCGCCUCCAACUCCAGCAGGGGCUGCUCCUCUCCCUCCGCGCCCGCGUCCCUUCUCCUUGACGGUCCUUCACGCAGCCGCCCGGAAGAGUGCCUGGGGAAAGCCCACUGUACUGAUAAAAACUGCUUUAUGUAAACAGAGAAGCCAACGUCCUGCAAGCAGACCUUUAAACCGUAUACUCGGCUUUGGUAUGAUAACCGUUCUAACUUUUCUUUCAUUGCUCAAAACGCUUAAGCCUCGGCCUGCCGCUGGAGGGGCUCACGGUAGAAAAAUGGAAGAGGUCCCGUUACUUACACAUGUUAAGCCACACGGCUGGAGGCCGUCCCUUGGUUUCCAACGAAGAACAAUAGUGUGAAAAGAAAACUUACGGAAAAUGAGGCAGCAUUUGCAGGAUGUGUUUUCACCAAGGGGGAAUGGUUGUGAGUAACAGUAUUGUGUUGACGUAGGGAAGCCCGGCUGGCAGGCAAUAUACUGAAUGAAAAAAAUCACACUCCCUCUCUCUGUCUCUGUCUCUCUCUCUCUCUCUGUCUCUCUCUCAUGCCAAAAGAGACUUUUUAAAGAUCCACUGAGAGGGGAAGAAAACGGGCAGGUGAACUUUUAUUUUCACAGCUUUUUUUUUGCAAUGGGGAGGCCUCUGCCCGGAAUGACACGUAAAGCCAUCAUUCACACUUUUUUUAUUCCUAGGAAUUUUUUUUAAAAAAAACACGAAAUGGACUAAUCUCUAAAACCAAGCUCAGCGUUGUGCUGUUAAAAAAGGGAACUAAAUAUGAUUACAUACUGUAGGUCUUUAUUAUUUGUGGUUCACCUUAAAGGUAUUUUGGACUUCGGGAACGGAUCUCAAUUAAUGAGGUGGAUGAGGAUGAAUUUCAGAAGUGCCAUACAUGAUUAUGAACGGGGCAGGUAGCACAUAUUUAGGGUGGGAGUGGGGUGGUAGAAGAGCAAUUAAUACAAGGAGAAUAUUUCCAAACAUGAGGAAUAACAAAU